CCGGACGCGUACGUGUGCCCGAUCACGCGCGAGCUCAUGCACGACCCGGUCUUCGCAUCCGACGGCCACACCUACGAGCGCGACGCCAUCCAGCAGUGGCUCAUCAGCCACGACACGUCGCCGAAGACGGGCCUCAUCCUCGACUCGAAGCACCUCGUGCCCAACUUCGCCAUCCGCUCCGCCAUC